AGCGGGGAGCGCUGAGCCGGGAGGCGGUGACAUUCGAGGCCUUUCGUCCUCCCCGAUCCCGCGAAUCGCGGCGCCCGUCCGUCCGUCUGUCCGUCCCUGCCUCGGUCCGUCUGUCCCUUCUUCUGUCCGUCCUUGCCUCGCUCUGUUCCUGCCUCAGUCCUUCCAUCUGCGCCUUCAUCCAUCCCUGUCCUGCCUCCCUCCUUUCCUUCCUGUGUGCAGCCCUGCCUCUGUCCCUGCCUUGUUCUGUCUCUACUUCUGUCUGUCCAUCCCUACCUCUGUCCAUCUGUUCCUGUCUCCAUCCACCCCUCCCUCGGUCCGUCCCUACUUCGGUCCGUCCCUACUUCUGUCCAUCCCUGCCCCCAUGCAUCCCUACCCCAGUCUGUCUGUCCCUCCCUUGGUCCAUCCAUCCCUCCCUGCCUCUGUCCAUCCGUCCCUACAUCUGUCCAUCCCUGCCUCCAUCCCUCCCUCCCUCAGUCCGUCUGACCCUACCCCUGUCUGUCCCUACCUCCAUCCAUCCCUUUCUCGUUACACCCAUCCCUACCCCAGUCUGUCUGUCCCUCUCUUGGUCCAUCCAUCCUUCCCUCAGUCCAUCUGUCCCUACAUCUGUCCAUCCCUACCUCCACCCAUCCCUCUCUCAGCACAUCCACUGCUACCCCAGUCUGUCUCUCCCUUGAUCCAUCCAUCCCUCCCUUGGUCCGUCUGUCCCUACACCCCUACCUCUCUCCAUCCCUGCCCCUGUCUGUCUGUCCAUCCCUACCUCGGCCCAUCCAUCCCACAGGUAUCAAUGCAGUACAACCCCGGUUGGAACGGUUCCUCAGUUUCCUCGGUCAACGUUCUGCACGUGCGAGCGGUGGGACGCGGCGACUCGCUGCACUACGUGUGGAGCAGCAUCGGGGCCCCCUCGGUGCUGCUGGUGGCCACAAGCAGCCCCAGCAGCGCUCUGUCCAUCGACUGGAGCCGCCUGCUGUCCCCUGCGCCCGCCGGCGCCGUGUGGAUCGAGCCGCCCGGCAGCGUGGUGCACGCGGCUGCUGUUGUCUUCACCAAGCUGUUUGAGUACAGCAAGGCCGAUGCCUCGGAGGCGGUUUUCUACCCCUCGUACGAUCUGUCGGACUUCUCCUGGGACAGCAUCAACCGCACCGUGAACCACACGGCGCUGACGGCCGAACUUCGCGGCGUCCCCAACUCCGAUCCCGGCGGCAGCUUCUCCAACGGCAGCCUGGCGUUCCGGGUGACGGCUUAUGGAAGCGGCGGGCGCGACGGAGCGCCGCCCGGCCUCCUGCACACGGCCAACAGCUCCAAAGUGGAAUUCGUCCUGGCCGGGGCGGCCCCGCGGGGCAACGGCUCGCGCUUUGUGCUGGAGGUGACCACGGUGCAGGAGAGAGGGGCGGCAUCCAGGCUGCGCUCGGCGCGCUCCAUCGACGACGAAUACACCCCCACCAUCUUCGAGACGCUCUCGCUGGUGGCGGAGUCCCAGAACGGCAGCUCUGCCCUCAGCUUCCUGCAAUGGAAGGCGACGGCGUACGGCUCACGGCACCCAACGCGUGCGGACGGCAUCCAGUGCCACGCCGGAGGGCUGCGUGCUGCCAGCGACCCCCGGCUCCGCUCCGCCGUCGUCCGCGCCUACUUUGGGGACGGAGCGGGCGGCGCCUACAGCGUCAGCGCCAUCAACGUCUCCUUCGGCGGCGAGGACGGCGGCGCUUACCAGGAGCAGCGCUACCUGAGCUGGUCUGCGCUGCUGGGCUUCGGGCCGCCACCCGAGGACACUUUUUCUCCCCUCAUCGUCUCCAUCGCGGCCACAGCGCUGGGCGCCCCGCUGCUUCUGCUCCUGCUGGGCGCUGCCGCGUUGCUCUGUGCCAGGAGGAGACGCUACAGCGAAUACGAGCCCAUCAACUGAGCUGCCGCUCGGCCCGGGGAGCAGGGAGCGAUCGGAGCUGCUGCCGUCUUCACUUCUGGGGGCACCGGCGGCGGCCCCCCCUCGUGCUGCCGUGCCACGUUCUGUGCUGCUGCCUGCGCUGAGGGCGGUGCUUCCUUUCUUUCUGAUGCACGCUGCCAGGGGCUGAGAUCCCCGGCAUCCUCCUCCUUUGGGGGGCACCUCGUGCUGAAGGCUGCCGCUACGAGAGUCGGCUCAGGACCGUUCCUCCUGCUGGAGCCAUCGGGAGACCCCGGCUGACAGCAGGAGCUGCCGCCCUUCCGCUUUUGCAGCGAUGGUUGGUGGCAGUGCUGCCUCACCUCCGUGUCCUCAACCACUGACUCGUCUUUGACCAAAUAAAAGGGAUUCCUUUUA